GUCUGCGGCGGGGGCCGCGCUCGGCCCCUUGUUGUCAGGGCUCCGUGCGGGGCCGCGGCCGCCGUUGUUGCCGUUAGCGGCGGGUGAGGGCAGCGCCGCCUCCGGCCUCAGCCCGCGGGGGAGCGGGGCGCCGCCGCCGCACCAUGGCCACCAGCACCACGGGCUCCACGCUGCUGCAGCCCCUCAGCAACGCCGUGCGCCUGCCCGUCGACCAGGUCAACUUUGUAGUGUGCCAACUGUUUGCCUUGCUCGCGGCUAUUUGGUUUCGAACAUACCUUCAUUCAAGCAAAACUAGCCCGUUUAUAAGACACGUUGUUGCAACCCUUUUGGGCCUUUAUCUUGCACUUUUUUGUUUUGGAUGGUAUGCCUUACAUUUUGUUAUACAAAGUGGAAUUUCCUACUAUAUCAUGAUCAUAAUAGGAGUGGAAAAUAUGCACAAGUAUUGCUUCGUUUUUGCUUUGGGAUACCUCACUGUGUGCCAAAUUACUAGAGUCUAUAUCUUUGAUUAUGGACAGUAUUCUGCUGAUUUUUCUGGUCCCAUGAUGAUAAUUACUCAGAAGAUCACUAGUUUGGCUUUUGAGAUUCAUGAUGGAAUGUUUCGAAAAAAUGAAGAUUUGACACCAUCACAAAGAUGCUUGGCUGUAAGACGCAUGCCAAGUCUACUGGAGUAUUUAAGUUACAACUGUAAUUUCAUGGGUAUCCUGGCAGGCCCGUUAUGCUCUUACAAAGACUAUAUUAAUUUCAUUGAAGGCAGAUCAUACCAACUGCAACAGUCUGAAGCAAAUGGGAAGGAAGAUACAAAAUAUGAACAAACGGAUCCUUCUCCAAAUAUAGCUGUGGCACAGAAACUCUUAGUCUGUGGACUCUCCUUACUCUUUCACAUGACUAUUACCAAAACUUUGCCUGUGGAAUACAACAUUGAUGAGAACUUCCGAGCUACAGCAUCAUGGCCUGUAAGGUUUUUCUACCUAUACGUGUCUCUUAUGGCUGCCAGACCCAAAUAUUAUUUUGCAUGGACUUUAGCAGAUGCAAUUAAUAAUGCAGCAGGGUUUGGCUUUAGAGGCUAUGACAAAAAUGGAGUUACACGUUGGGAUCUCAUAUCAAAUCUGAGAAUCCAGCAAAUAGAGUCUUCCACAAGUUUCAAGAUGUUUCUUGAUAACUGGAAUAUCCAAACAGCUCUUUGGCUUAAAAGAGUGUGCUAUGAGCGAGCCACCUUCAGCCCAACCAUCCAGACGUUCAUCCUUUCUGCCAUUUGGCAUGGGGUUUACCCGGGAUAUUAUUUAACGUUUUUAACAGGAGUACUAAUGACACUAGCAGCACGAGCUAUAAGAAACAAUAUCAGACACUAUUUUGUUGAAUCUCCUACUCUUAAACUAUGUUAUGAUAUUGUAACAUGGAUGACAACUCAAGUAGCAAUAAGUUACACAGUUGUGCCAUUUGUACUGCUUUCUGUGAAACCGUCUCUCACCUUUUACAGCUCCUGCUAUUUCUGUCUUCAUAUUGCCAGCAUCCUGGUGCUGUUGGUAUUUCCAUUGAAAAGAACUCAAAAAGGAAGUAAAAAGCAUGAAAGCACCCAGCCUGUGUGGUCCAAAAAACUAGAAGAAGAAAACCUUUUGCAAAAGAACAGUUAUUCCACAACAAAUAAUAGUUUCAGUCAGAAAGAAGAAAUAACCUGCAGAUAUCAAGCACUAAAGCAGUGAUUGAGGAAUACUAUGAUGAAUAUAUUUUGUAUGUUUUCAGAAACCCAUUUUUAGCACCUUUUAAAGGGGUUUGUAUUUGUUUGCAAAGAUGUUUAGUAUGAAAAGAAUGCAUUACCUAGGAAAAUCACAUACAAUAGCAAGACUGGAAACAAAACAGAUUAACCCCUCCCAUGCCAUGUCCCUGUGGGUCACGCCUUAUAUGAAGAUAUUACCAUUAUUUCAAUGGGCACUCAGGACUUGCAACGUAUGUCCAUAGGGUCAUAUGUGUGCCCUUUGCUGAAUGUACGUUGUGUAUCCCAAGGCACUGAUGGGGUGAAAAUAAAAUUGUGUCAAUCUAGGAUUAACAAAUGGAAAUGAAGUUUUCCAAAUGAAUGACUUGCCUUAAACCCUCGAUUUACUGAAAAAUUGUUUCUAAGUGGUAUUUUCAAGACUGAUUUUGUGGAAAGUGUAUUUCAAAUAUAUGAUCCUAUAUGCUAUAAAGAAGAUACAAAUAAGAAAUGCAAAGUCAUUAGAAGGUUUUUGAACCUCCUCUUUAAAAGGGAAUUGCAAUAAGCAUCUCAGUAUUUGGAGGGUUUUCUUAAAGUAUCUCAAACAAUUACAGUACAUUAUGGAACUGUAAACUUUACUGAUGCCAAAUUAUAGUUAGGUUUCUGUGAUAAAGAGUCUAAUUCCACAUAACCCUUCUGAAUGGAUUAAAAAAAACCACCACACACACCUGGAGGUUCACCUUUUCCAGAGCUUGACAGCUCCAUACUGUUUCUUUAAUUUAAAGUAUAAAACCACUGCAAAACAUCACCAAGUAGGCUGUGCAGCUAGAGAAGGAAAGGCAGCUGUAGGACACUGAAGACGUUGUGCAAGCAGCAGGACUUCAAUGAAAAUGAGUUUUUACCCUUAAAUACCAGAAAUACUUGUUCUAGAAUAGAACUAUUUUACCAAAAAAUGAUUUUUAAUACUUAAAAACAAAGUCAUUUUAAGGCAUACAGUAGUUAGUUGAUGAUGCUUGAGGUGUAAAAAUGUCAAAAAUAACUUGAGAUCUAAUUCAUAUGGUGAAAUGUGAAAUCCCCGUGAUAACCAAGUUCCUUAUGCUUAAUCAUUGAUGGCCCUUUAUGCAAAGAAGUAUAUGAAUUAGAGGAAAAGAUUCAUUUUUAAAUUAGGAUUUAAAAUGCAGAUUUCACAUAGUAUUUGUGGGUGACAUAAUGAAAGACAUAAAUCCUUGAGAAUAUCUAACUGACUGAAUUAUGGAAGAAAGUCAAGGGAAUAAUGCAUUGGUUAUAUCUAUUCCAGACCAUUUGUUGUGAUGAUUGUCCCUGCAAAAGUACUGUGUUAAAGGGCUACAUAUUGCGUAUAUUCUGUGUUUUCAUACGAUUUUAUUUUAGUAAAUGAACUGUUUAUCCACACAUUGUACCAGUUUUAACGCUAAAAAAAAAAAUACUACUGGAGAAAAAUAACGCAGCUUGUUGGUUAGUAACCUGUGAAUGAAUGAAACAAAUGAAACUUUUGUCAUACUGUUUUGAUGCUGAAAUUUUUGAUCAAUUUGUCCUGGUGGGGUCAAUAUUCCUAAUACCAGGGGAACAGUAAUGGUCAUCAUCGGCCCUCUAGGGACACUGCCAUGCAGAAUUAGUCACGAUACUUGUCUGACUUACUCUCUAAAGAACCAAAUCCUAAGUCAGGUCAGAGCUGUUUCCUUGCUGUGGUAGUUCUGUGAGUGUCCUUUGUCUCCUUGCUUAAAACUCACAGGAGGAAAACAUGCUUUUUAAAAUUAUUACAUGUAGGUUAGCACUGCUGAACUGACACAGAAAGGUGGAACUAAAUACGGAAUGAGUCAUAGGUGGGCAGGGACGUUGAGUGUUUCAGUGACCUCUGUAUUAUCUUUAAAAGAAAAUAAUCUGAUUUCUAAAUCCUUCUGUUGAUUACCCAAGUAGACCUCCCCAUGGUGUUGCCAUUGUAAUCAUUUGUCUCUACAAAAUGAUUUUUUUUUCUUCCAUUGUUUAUAAGCAAGGGCACACUAAUUUCUUUCUGCUUAUUUAUCCUUAUUAGAGAGAAUCAGGAAAGACAUUUUCCACUUUCUGUUCUUGGAAGGACAUCCAUGUCAAAUAACAAAUAGAACUGCACAUUUCUGUGUGCGUGAGUAGAUUUUGGGUUGAUUCUUUCAGUAUUUGUUGCUGUUCGACUUGAAUUCCUCUUUUUGUUGGUGCAGGCUAUGUAUCUACUCAAACAAGCAGUUUUAGAUGCCAGUACAUCUCAUGUGCCAUUUUUCCAUUAAUAUUCUGGUAUUCUUUUCUUGUUUUGGCAGGAGUGCCAAUACGUGCGAGGGAGGCUUCUGAAUUCUUCAUUAAGAUACACAAAAUCAGUUUUAAGCACUCCCAGGAAAUAAGCAGACUUAGGCUAGUGAAGUCCCGUACUUCAGUGUGAGUGAAUUCACAGAUACAGUUUUGUUCAGAACGGAUGUGCAAGUUAAAAGUGAUAAGAAAAUGUGCUUGCUUUAGCUGGUCACAAGUAGCAAGAUACGGGUUUCAAAACUGGACAUGACUGGUGUCUGUGUGCAAUACAAUUAAUUUUUUCUUCUCUAUUUGAACCUCUUAAAUAAUUGCGACAUAAGAAAAUGAUGACAAUUUUAUUUUGCAUAGAAUUUCUUUUUAAUUGUAGUGUCCUAAAAUUUAGUUUUAAAAUCAUUGUGGAACAAAGAAGUACUUGAAGUACUUGUAACAAAAAUUGCUCCUUAUGUAGAUGAGUUCUCUUGAGGACUACAUAAGGAGGUGUUUUGUGUUUUUUUGUUUGUUUGUUUUUUUCUUUUAAAUGGCAGCACUCCGAUAUUAGUCAAAUUGGGUUUUAGUUGUUUUCCCUCAGCUUUGCUAGUUUUCUGCCUUGCUGUAACAAAUGAAAAUGUGGCACUGGAUCCUUUUUAUUCAGUCAGUCAAAAAGACAAGAGCAGCCAGCCCAGAUGCUUUAGAUAAUUUUCAAGUUUUACACACGUAACUUCCUAAUAAUGAAUUUGAAAGGAUGAUGUUGACUUACUAUUACUCUUCCUGAGAAAAAAAGUGGAAAGCAAAUUGCCUCCAACCAUUUUGGACAUGAAGGAAACAUGGUUUUCAAUGUUCUUUCACUUAACUAAUAUAUAUCCAAAAGGCAGAAGUCUUUUCUGUAUUCCAGAUGAGCACUCUUUGAAAAGUAAAUGUAACAUAUUAUUGAUCAUUUUAUGGUGCUUUGCAGAUACUUGCCUAUUGUGAACAAUUCCAAGAGGCACUUAAUGAGUUAAUAUUAGUUACUAAAUGUAGUCACCCUGCUAGUAACUAUUCGCUUGCUUAACCUUUUUUUAACCUUUUAUGCUUUUGUAUUAAUGAAAGAGAUAUGUGUUAUAUAUAUAUUUAAAGACUAGUUUCAGUGGUGCCUACUACUGUUGUAAUAGGGAAGGCUUUGUUAGCUUUACAGUUACAUGAUGCCCUUCUUGAGGAAACUUACUCUUCUGUGGCCAUUCCUUCAGCUGCUGACAUGUAGACAAGGUUUCAGUGAUAGGUGACACUUUAAAACAUGUUAUCAUGUAAAAAACAUUAUCAUGUAAAAAUAUUGGUAUGCAUUUUAAUAUGCUUUUAAUAGAAAUCAUGCUUUAAUGAGAAGACUUUACAAAGAGAUCUUUGUGUAUUCCAUGCUCUACACUGACUUUUGAUAUGAGUUUUACCAGUACGGUAUGUCAUAUAGUAACAGAAUCCUACGCUUACUUAGCUUGUUCCCUUUCCCCUGUGGGAAUAAGUCACAGAAACACAAGCACUAAGCUUGUAUGACAGGAUGGACACGAGGUAGUUGUGCCCCUUUUACUGGCGUUGAUCUAGGUGGUCCUAGAACUGAUGCAGAUGAGAUCUGUUUUGCAAACACCCUGGUGAGAGCCUGGCCUCCUGUCAAAUCCAUAUCAAAAGUAAUUUUAACAGAGUCUGGAUUCUUCUCUCAGAAGCUUUGCAAACAAAUUGUUGACAAUUUGUUUAAAUACACGGGCAGAUGUAUUCUUGGGUUUGCAUACAAAUGUGUUGCUUACAUGUAACUUUCACGUGUUCAACUUUAUAAGUUGGCCUUGAGAGAGAAGUUUAAAAGCAUGAGCUAGAAUAAUUUUAGGCUUUCAUUUCCUUUACCCUUAACUCUUUCACUUUUUAAUUUUCAUUGAAUUCUGAAAGCAGGUUUGAUUUUUUUAUUUUUGCAAUGAAUUUGGAAAUGCUGCCAUUUAUUUUGAAAAGUGAUCAGUGUUAGAAAAACAGAUGGAAGUAAAUCUCAGCUUUUAUUAUGAUGCCAACCCUAUAUAUAAAAACAUGUGCUGUGUUGAUCCAUCACAGCAUUGAAGUACACAAUUUUUCUUUAUUUAUUUCGGUCCAGUAGUGCUCAGAACAGCACUUGGGUAUAUUUUUAAGUGCUGGCAAAACAUUGGCUGGCUUAUAAGUGCUUCAAGUUAAAUAAGUACUUAAAUGCUACGCUGAGUAAGUAUCUAAGCAGAUACUCUACUGAAUUGCACCUACUCUCUGCUCAGAUUACCAGAUCUAGGGUCUGAAUCUCAGCUAGUUGGCACCGUCAGCCUUUUCCCCUCCGCACAGCCUUGUGGAACAGCUCCCUGCACAGAAGUCUGUGCAGUCUGAGCCUGUCCCAGCAGUGGCCGGGAGGAUUUGGCACAGAGCUCCUGGGGUGGCUCAUGCUGCCAAUGCUGCACGCAGGGCUGGACAGAGCAGCUUCUUGCGGCCCCAGCUGCUGCUGCUCUGUGCUAGAUCUGCCUGGAACUGUACUGGGUGUUGCUAUCCCAAUCUAGACACUUCACGAACACCACGAAAUCCAGGCAUCUGCUAAGUUUCCCUGAGAUGUUUUAACUGCAAAUGUUGCAACGGUUACUUACUAUGAUUAAAACUAAAUGAUUUUUUUUUUUUUUUACUUUCUUCAAAAUGAAUUUUGAGAUGAGCUUUUAGUAUAUUUUUAACAAAAUCCAUCAGCUGUAACAAUUUUCACCCCAUGGAAUAAUAUCUACAAUAUAACUUGCUCACUUCGCAGCUAUACAAAUGUGCAAAAGCAAAUUUUGCCAUUUCGCCCUCUUCUGUGAGUUAGUUCAGCGUUCAGUGACAUCGGCCUGGUUUUGGUUUUAGGCACUUCUUGAUGGCCUGGAUCCAUAUGCAUAUCCUGUAAACACUUAUGAAUUGACAAGCUGUAGCUGCCUAUGGCGUGCAUAAAUCCCUUUAAAACAGGUCAUAUCAAUAUUUACACUGCAGUAGCAUUGAGCCCGCUGGUUGUAUGCUGCAUCUGCUGACGUCUGUUCAGCUCUGGUCUUGGAGCACUAAGCUUUCUGCUUCUGGAAAUGCAAACAGGCUUGAGUGGAAGGUAAAGGGCUUCUUUCAGUUUGGGUUUUCUGCUGCAGACCACGUAGGCAAAGCUGGACUGCAGAUACAUGACUGAAAUCAGAGUUGGAAACUGGGCCACUUGCGGAGGAAGCUUUUUCUGUUCAUAGUGGCUCAGUCUAGCACCUUAUCCCAAAGGAACCUCUGGGCAAAAGAGACCUCUGCAGAAUCUCCUUCCUUUGGUUGGGAGGGAGAAAUACCCCAGGCUGGGUUUACGUUAUGUUUCCCCAUGAUCCGUAGUAUGAACAGACAGCUGUGGUCCAUGCUUCAGUCAGACUGGGAGGGUACCUUUUGUCCAUCCAAACGGUGAAGAUGUAAACUGAGAUAUAAAAAUAGUGAAAUAAAAAAUAGGGUGCCUGGAGACUGGCAAUCAGAAUAGUGUAACACUACAUACUAAAGGUGCAACAAUCUUCUGUCACAAUAAGUUAAAGGAGUAUUUGCCUACGCAUAUUUUGCCUUUCUACGUGUUUCAGUUCUUUUUAUGUCUUUUCUUUGUACCUUUUUUUUGUCCAGUGGUAUUGACUGUUUCUCUGAAGAACAUUCUGAUGUGUCUUACUGUGACAGAGGUGUCAAAAAUGAUAAAUAGUAACUAGGUAGUCAUUCUUAAAUCCCAGACCUCAGAUGUAUUCUAGAUCAGUUAGAAGAGAACAUUCAAAAUACAUUGAAUGGGACAUAGUGUAAGAUGGGUGAAAAUAGCAUUAUUCAAAGAUGUUGUAAUAAGUUAUUGAAUUUAAGACUUUAAAAUACAGAACUCCAUUAUUUCCUGCCUUGGUCACACGUUCAAGGGAAUAGUUUUACCUCAAUGCAGAAGUAGUAAUGCCUCCAAAUACCCAUAUGUUCAGAUGAGAAAACACCCCUGAAAGUGUGGAUAGCUACAGUAUUCCUAAAUUUGCCUUUCCUGAUUCAGAAUAUAAUGCAUUGUCAGUGAGUUUCAUUUUUAUUAUUCCAAAAUAUAUAUUUUUAAAAAAGUGUUAUUUUUCAACAGAUCCAUAAACUAAGUGUUGGUGUAUGGUAAAAUUAAAAUACCACUGUUAGUUACACUGUGAUUGUGAUAUUUUAAUAAUUACUUAUUUCUAAUUUGUCUCAGCAGUGCUGCAGAAGCAGCAUGCUGUUAUGUUUUAAAGGUGUUUUUAACUUGCCUAUAAAUGUUUUUUUCUAAUUUGUGUCUUUAAAUCUGAUUAAACUGUAGUUUAAAAAAAA